ACCGGAAGAGCAGGUGCAACACCGAAAAUCAUCCGAGCAUCUCUUUGACAACAAGAACCGCGACAUCAGAAACCGACCCAGGAUCCGCAGAGAGGCCCGUAGAAGACCUGGAAGAGGAUCACCUUUAUCUGCUGUAUCUCCUCUGAGAGUCCGGACCAUCAUGACUCUGAACCAGAACCACUCCGAGUCCGGAGGAGGAGUCAUCAUCAACAACAGCGAGAGCGUUUUGAUGAACUACGAUAACGUGGAGCUGGUUUUCUGCGACGCCGAACGCCUGCCCGAAGCUUUCAGGAAGAGCAAGAAGGGAGGCAUCUACCUCACUCCCUACCGGGUGAUCUUCGUGGCGAAAAGCCGUGAUUUGCUGCAGUCCUUCAUGAUGCCCUUCUACCUCAUAAAGGGCUGCGAGGUCAAACAGCCGGUGCUCGGAGCCAAUUACAUCAAAGGAACCGUCAACGCUGAGCCUGGAGGAGGCUGGGAGGGCAGCGCCUCUUUCAAACUGGUGUUUGCAGCAGGAGGAGCCAUCGAGUUCGGACAGUCCAUGCUGCAGGUCGCUGCUCAGGCCUCCAGAGGUCAGCCGGUCUCCGCUGGGUUCGGCUGCCCCUACACGGCCAACGGAGCGUUCUCCUACCCUCCCCCUCCCCCGAAUAAUGGGGUGUAUCCGGCUGGACCUCCGCCCGGAUACACCUACCCCAACCCCCCCCCUCCAGGUGGAUUUUACCCGACCCCCCCGGCGUUUGAUGCCAGCGCGGCGUAUAUCCCCCCCCCUCCAUACUCUGCUCCUCUGGGCCAGCAGCCCCCCCCCCACAACCCUGACCUGCCCUCCUCUGCAGCAGCGGAGGCUAAAGCAGCCGAAGCAGCAGCGAGCGCCGGCUGCUCUCAGCUGCCUCCGACCCACGUCUACCUGCCGCAGGACCAGCCUCCCCCCUACUCCCCUCCAGAGGACAAGAAGAACCAGUAA